AGGCGUCUUGGCCCGACGAGGCGAGGGCACGAAGAGCACGAGAGGCCGCCGCGACGGCGCGCGACUCCGCCCCGCACCAAUGAAGGCGACCGGGCUCCUGCUGCUGCUGCUGUGCGCGGGCGCGGGCGAGGCCAGCCGCCUGCGGCCGCUGCACGGCCGCCCGGCGGCGCGGCUGUCGGCGGGGGAGCACGCGAUGCUGCAGCGGGGGCGCCGCUCCGGGAGGAGCAGCGCCAUGGCCGAGCUCGCCCCCUUCUACCACAGCUCGGACGACAUCGACAGCGAGCUGGCAGCCCUCGCGUCGCGCUGCCCAGGCAUGUCGCUGCGCACCGUGCAGGGCACCGGCGACGGCGGGGAGGAGCGCUCCAUCACGGUGGUCGACAUCAAGGAUUACGAUUAAGACCCCGGAGCCCAGCCCGUGAACAAGAACUUCCUCUUGUUCGGCGAGCACGCGCGCGAGCUCAUCUCUCCGGAGUCCGGUCUCCACUUCGUGAAGACGCUGUGCGGCGAGACGGACCUGAGCUCGCGCGCCAAGGAGGUCCUGCAGAGCAGCGAGUUCGAGAUCGUCGUCAACGGCAACCCGGGGUCCCGGCGCAAGGUCGAGCAGGGGGACUUCUGCCUGCGCGUCAACCCCGACGGCGUAGACCUCAACCGCAACUGGGACGAGGAGUGGCAGCCGGGCGCCGUGCUGGACGCAAAGGACACGAACCCUGGGCCCAAGGCCUUCAGCGAGCCAGAGACCAAGGUCUUCAAGCAGCUCACGCAGGAGUACAGGCCGACCACAUUCCUGACGGUCCACAGCGGCACCAGGGGGAUGUACAUGCCUUGGGCGUACGACAUGGAGCACCUGGCCAACCGCAACCAGCCCCAGAUGAUGCAGAUCCUGAAGGACCUGGACAAGGACCACUGCGAAUGCCCCUUCGGUGCCGCGGGAGGUUGGGUACUCCUGCCCUGGCACCUGCCUCGACUGGGUCUACGACAAGCUGCAGACGGCGUACGCUUUCGCGUUCGAGAUCUACACGGGCUCCGACUACACUGGCAUGCUCCGCGAGCGCUGGCAGGAGAAGAUGGCCGAGGGGGGCUCGUUCAUCCACAGCACAGCCACUUGGCUCACGAGCACUUCCGGGAUUUCUUCACGACCCACCCCUCGAACUUCGUGCAGGUGAACCGGAGCCACCUGCACCACGACAGCGAGAUGCACCGCGCACCCACUGAGUGCUUCGCGCAGUUCAACCCCAGCGACGAGGGCGAGUUCAAGAGCGUGGUGGACAACUGGUCUGGUGCCUACCUCGACAUGGCAGAUAUGGUCGCCAGGCAGCUCAGAGGCGGCAGCAUCAGCAGCAGGAGCAGCAACAAGUCGACCGCCUCGCUGGCCAGUCUGAGUGCCGAGCUGAGCUUCGCGAUGGGCCCCUGAGUCACCGAUGCGUGCGAGGUAGCAGUGGGACGGUCGCGGCCCUACAGUGGAGACAGACUGGUGUGUCCACGUGCUGCUCCCGGGGCUGCUCGGGCCCCCCCCGGGCGGGGGGGAUCCUUCCCAGGAGCGCGGGCAGCGGGCGCCGUCGGCGGCGCGGCCGGCGAUGCACAUCUCGCUCCGAUCCGGCCUGUUCGAUAUGCUGAGCGCGUCUGCCCCGGGAGAGGUCGAAGAGGACGAG